CCAAAGAACCCAAACGUGAUCGAAAUGGCUGUGAAGGUUCUGCUGGGUCUGCUGCUUCUGCACAUUGCCACCGAGUUGGCAUUCGGCUGCUCAAACAAUCUCUGUCCGGAGGUGACCAACACGAACACUUUGUGUAGCGGAACGCUGCGCUAUCAAUGCGUCUGCGACUUCACCUGUUCCGAGUGGGACAAACCCUGCAAUUGGUGUCUCACAUGUCCAGCAGAGAUCCAAAAUAUCAACUCUGUUCGCAAUCAAAAGAAUAAGCUGCCUCUCUUCAGCCUGCCCAAUCGCAGUCAUAAGCAGUGCCUGGACAUUAAUAUCCUAACCCACAAGAACUCCAACUGCUGUGACAAGUUCUGUCAAUUGAAUUGUAAAGAUGUCUGUUUCUAAAUAAAUUAUUAAAAUUAUUUAAAGUA